GGACACGGUACACGGUAGACGGCGGGUAUCUCACAGGUGACGCUGGUUCGUUUCAAGCGUUUCAAGUGCAGGAAGCACGCGACGGUGCGCGAGGAGUAGAUAAGCACCAAGCAGAUUCCUGGGAGAAGACAGAAGAGCGAGACGACGAAUUUGAUUGGCCGCGUCGUCAUCGUAUUCUACACGUGUUUCCGUCCUUGACGGGAUCACGCCAUCACGCACGUGGUGAGAUUGGCGUAACACAGCCAAUCCAAUGAAUUUGUUUUCUCCAAAUUUGACUUUUCUUCUUCGUGCGGGAUGGCUAAAAUCAUCGCCAUCAUCGGUUGUCACUCUCUCCAAGUGCCGCUGACGGAACCCGAGGACCGGUAUAUUUUCCAGGAGAUUUCUUUCCCCGUAGCGCUGCGUUCGAGUGAAUUUUGUUGAGACACUUUUGCCUGUAAAGGCAAAAGAUAAGCGAGAAAGCUAUGCAACAUUGUAUUCACGAGAAGAGCCAAUAAACACACGUCAAGUUUCUCAUCCUUGGGAGAUUAGACUACAUUACGCGAGCUUUGUUAGACGGUUUAUAUUUAUAUAUACGUGGACUCAAUGGUAAGUUUUUCAAAUCCAGUUUUGAUGCCUAACAAAUACAUCUCAUUUACAAAUCACGUAAUCUCUAAGGGCAUUUUAGUUACGGGGAUUGUUGAAAAUAUGGGUAAGGACAUAUACUUAAUAAUCAGACGACAAAAGGUGACAUUGUACCUCGACACACAGGAGAAUGUCAGAGUUCUUGAGCUCAAGAAAAUGAUCGAAGCUAUAUUGAAAGUACAGCCAGAAGAUCAACAGCUAUUUGUGCUUGCAAACGAUCUUCUUGACGAAUGUAAGGAAUUAUCCGAUUCGACUGCAUUGUUCGACUGUGGACUGACGUCAGCGACGGCAAAUAUAAUGCAGCCUGCGGUAUUAGGCCUAGCUGUGCGAAAAGAGGAUGGUUCGUUUGAAAGUCUCGAAAUAACAUCGUAUUCCGAAUCAGAAUGGCCAAACGUAUCAGAAAUUUUCAGCCAGGAAGAAAAAAAUGACGCCAUUUGUGAAAAGUAUCAGAAAAAGUAUGAUGACGUAAAUGACGCAAAAAAUGAUAUACUAAGUAAAGCAACUCAUAAAUGAAGCGACAAUCAAGUUUUGUGUUCUGUGCGACUCAAUGACUGUUCGAGUAGUUCUAGAUAGUGCGAAAACAGGAGAUAUAUAUACAUCAUAAACCCUACAGCAUAAUGAUACCAAAUACGUAUGCUCAUAUUGAGUUGUACAUAACUUUAAGGAGGUACAGUCUCAAAACUUUGCAAUAUCGAACUUGAUAGGAAUAUCACGUGGCCAUGUUACAUCUUCAUAGUAUUGAAAUCUGAUAAUGACAACGUCAUGUUGCAUACGUCAUACGUAGAAAAGAAAACUUCGUGUUACUUGAUAAACCAUGACAUAACGUCGUAAGUGAUGGCGUGAAACUUUUCAUAACGCGCGUAAUAUUUCACGCAAAACAUUUGUGUGCGUAUAUAUUUGUUCAUCUUCUUCACCGCGUUCAUCUUUACAUGGACCUCUGCGUACUCUCUUUUCUCUUUUCUUCUUUACGUUUUUUCCUCAUAAUUGCCAAAGCCUUUAAGAACAAAUAGUCUUCGUUAAAUUGUAUUCACUUGUAUACGUGACUUGUAACGAUAGCAACAAGAACGUACCGCGCAAAAACAUCCGUAGAAGCAGAAGAAUGGAUGCAUCUAUAAUAUGGUACGCGCUUGUGUGCUGGAGAUAUGUCACCUAUUAACAUAUAUAUAUGUAAAAAAUGACGUAGUACUUUAAUGUAAUAAAAAAUAUUUUUAAAUAUA